AUGAUUCACUCAAUCAGAACUGAAGAAGCGGAGGACUACAUAGCAAGGAACCCGUUUCCUCUUAUUGAAAUUCAACAGUAUGCCGAUAAAAUCUUGGACUGCUCCGCGUUCAUAGAUUUUAUGCGAACAAGAUCAGUUCCAGUUUUCCGAGAACUGUACAAAAGGAAUGCAGAGUAUAUGAUUUGUCUCAAAAGUGAAUUGAGAACGAAACCAAACACAAGAGGUAUUAGAAACAAAAUGUUUGAUGAAUUACAAAUUCUUUGGAAAUCCCACGAAUUCCUACGAAAGAUGCGAAUAUCUCAAAAACAAACUCGGAAAAUAAUUUUGUCGGAAAUUAUGUUGGUGGAUGGGGUGAGAAAGGCGGAAGAACAGAUAAACAAGUGGAAAAAGGACGAUAAAGAAUCUCAAGAACGAUACUUUCAAAUCGCACGCAAAGGAGCACACCAACAAAAAGGAAAAAUUUUGAAUAAGAAGCAAAGAAAAGAGUUUGCUGACGCAAUGAUAGCGAUAUACCGUGUCGGUAGAAGACAUCUUCGUUGCGCUCGCUGUUCUGCUCUUCUCGGAUCGGUAAACAAUGUUUACGCUGACCCAAUUUUGCUAUCGAAACAUCGAUUCCAAAGACGCUUCUCACUCAUCAAUAAUGUCUUACAUGUAUUGUACUAUUAUUAA